AUGCGCAAGAGCGUAAAUUUCUUGGAAGAUGCUCAAGUGGAGCCGUCGAAACAAAUACGAAUGGUUGCGCGGUAUACAGAGGGUAAGGCACACACCUACUACCUCAAUGUAAUUGUGGACCACGAGGAAGAAUGGAGUCUUGAGGCCUACUUCCGUGAUAUCUUUGAUGCUUGUUUUCCCUCGAAUUUCCGUGAAAGUCAGCGCCGGCGGCUGUAUCGUUUCCGUCAGGACACACUCACGGUUAAAGAAUACAUUGCAGAACUUACCGAAAUCGUUGAUUUGGUGGGUGACAUCAGUCCGCGUGAGCAAGUGGUCAAACUCUUCAAAGGAUUGCUAUUCGGCGUCGUGGUUUAUCUCCCGAGGUUUCGAGCUGGGAAGAUAUCCUUGACGAAGCCUUACGGGAAGAAUCCGUACAGGCGGCUCUACGUUCAAGCUCGCGUGCAUAUAGUGCGCCGGAUCAUCGCGGCGGAACUAGAGAGUCGACACUUGGGAGGAAAGAGAAUCAUGCACGACGGAGGGCGGGAGAUUUUCGUGGCCAAAGAGACGAGCAAGUGGCUAGUCAGCAGUAGCGGCGGUAAGACCUGUGGCGCGUACAGCAGGGAUAGCAAGCCCUCGGCUGGUGGGGUACCUAAAGAAGCUGGUCAGUUAUCGCGAGAGGAAAGGGCUCGCUUGCGUACGGAGAACAAGUGCUUCAUUUGCAAGCAACUGGGCCAUAUCUCGUGCGCGUGCCCGAGAGGGAAUAUCGUGAAAUCCAAAGGAAGUGGACCUCCCGGCGUGUCUGCGAACAGCGUUCGUAUCGACUUUGAGCGCCAUGCUCGCCUGGAAGCAGCGGCGAGAGAUGUGCAGCCUUUGGAAUCGCUAUCAGCUUCUCCGUCGAUGGGUAUUGCCGAAACGUUGCCUGAAGAGAUGGAGCAGCGUACCAACGCUGAGGCCAGAACUCCUUGGCUGAACGGUGAAAUGGAUAAUCUUAGAUUGGAUGUCUGGAGGCGUUGGUUGGCGUGGACGUAUUCGGAUGACUGCAUCGGUUUUGCGCACGCGAACUUACAAACAUGGGUGCUCGAGGUGAACCGGGACAUUGGAUAUCCUGGCGAUCAUCUACACACUGAAUUUGGGUGUGACAAUAAACGCUUCCGGAUAACGCACAACGAAGGGAGGACGUACCGAAUUACGGACUUUAUGCACAACUUUCAUGAUGUUGAAGUUGAUGAGGAAUGGCUUGAGGAUUCUACAUUCAAUCUUGUCAGAUGGUACGGGGACGAAUUGCGUGUGCGACUGGAUCUGCCUUACGAUGAUCUGGCAUGGAACUGCUGGGAGCUGGAGGUAACUGAUGCAGUUGCGAUGAAUGCGUGGGCGUAUUUAGAGCACUCCUAUCUUGGGACCUUUUCGCCGAAUACUGGGGAUGACUAUCGAUUCUCCGUGGAGCGAGUUCCUGAUAGUAACCAGUGCCGCAUCAUAGAUCGGCUGCUGGAUAGAGUGGAAUACAUCAAUGCCAGCGCCUUAUGUUUUGGUUGGUUCAACUUAUGCGAAUGGUACGACAAUCGUGUGCGCAGACACGACUAUGAUCGCCGUCGACCAAGCAUUGAUAAUACCGAUUCGGCGGACUCAGAGCCAGGAGGCGACGAUAGCUCAUCAGAUGAUGAGGAUGGCAAUAUCGGGGGUGCUGUGCGCCCUAGGGGAAGGGAAGAAUCCAUCGAGCAUCUCGAGGAUCCUGAUUCUGAAUCUGAGGUCGAGAUCACGGGUGACUGUUUUGCGCUCGAAUUAUUCGGCCAGCAGGUAGAUCGCAACAAAUACGCUGCGAUUCACCGUAACGCCAUUGUUGCUAAAGAUUCCUCGCGGUCUAUUCCAAAACCUGUGGUAAUUACCGUAGAGAUUAACGGUAGCAAGGCGGUUGCGCUGCUGGAUUCUGGAUCGCUCGGGGACUUUAUGUCGUGCGAUCUAGCGGAUCAGUUAGUGGCGAGGAGGAAGAUCAAGCUUGCGACACCAUUACUGUAA